AUGGCCCAGUGGAACCAGUUACAGCAGCUGGAGACCAGGUACCUGGAGCAACUCUACCACUUGUACAGUGACAGCUUCCCCAUGGAGUUACGACAGUUUCUUGCCCCCUGGAUUGAGAGUCAGGACUGGGCUUACGCUGCCAAUAAGGAGUCGCAUGCCACACUGGUGUUCCACAACCUGUUGGGAGAAAUAGAUCAGCAGUACAGCCGUUUUCUGCAGGAGAACAAUGUGCUCUAUCAGCAUAACCUCCGCAGGAUUAAACAGCAUCUGCAGAGCAAGUACUUGGAGAAGCCGAUGGAUAUUGCUCGCAUUGUUGCCCGCUGUUUGUGGGAGGAACAGAGGCUGCUGCAGACUGCCACUUCUGCUACACAGGAUGGCCAGGCAGCCCAUCCCACUGGGACAGUAGUGACAGAGAAGCAGCAGAUACUGGAGCACAAUCUUCAAGACAUCAGGAAGCGGGUGCAGGAUAUGGAGCAGAAGAUGAAAAUGCUUGAAAACUUGCAAGAUGAUUUUGACUUCAAUUACAAGACUCUAAAAAGCCAAGGAGAGUUGUCCCAGGACCUAAAUGGAAAUAGCCAGGCAGCUGCAACCAGGCAGAAGAUGGCACAGCUCGAGCAGAUGCUAAGCGCCCUGGAUCAGCUCAGGAGGCAAAUUGUCACAGAGAUGGGAGGAUUGCUGACUGCCAUGGAUUAUGUACAGAAGAACCUGACAGAUGAAGAACUGGCAGACUGGAAGAGAAGACAGCAGAUUGCUUGUAUUGGAGGUCCGCCAAACAUCUGCCUCGAUCGUCUUGAAACUUGGAUUACGUCCUUGGCUGAGUCUCAGCUCCAGAUUCGUCAACAAAUCAAGAAGCUGGAGGAGCUUCAGCAGAAGGUGUCCUAUAAAGGAGACCCCAUCAUUCAGCACCGACCCGCACUUGAGGAGAAGAUUGUGGACUUGUUCAGAAACCUUAUGAAGAGUGCUUUUGUGGUUGAAAGACAGCCUUGUAUGCCCAUGCAUCCAGACAGACCUCUGGUUAUCAAAACAGGCGUGCAGUUCACAAAUAAAGUCAGGUUACUGGUAAAGUUUCCUGAACUCAAUUACCAGCUGAAAAUUAAAGUUUGCAUUGACAAGGAAUCAGGCGAUGUGGCUGCAAUUCGAGGGUCACGAAAGUUUAACAUCCUCGGUACCAACACAAAAGUCAUGAACAUGGAGGAAUCAAACAAUGGUAGCCUGUCAGCAGAGUUUAAACACUUGACCCUGCGAGAACAAAGGUGUGGCAAUGGUGGCCGGACCAAUAGCGAUGCCUCGCUGAUUGUCACAGAGGAACUCCAUCUUAUCACAUUUGAAACAGAGGUCUAUCACCAAGGCCUGAAGAUAGAUCUGGAGACCCAUUCCCUACCAGUGGUAGUCAUAUCAAACAUCUGCCAGAUGCCAAAUGCCUGGGCUUCAAUCCUGUGGUACAACAUGCUCACUAACCACCCAAAGAACGUGAACUUCUUCACCAAGCCUCCGGUGGGCACAUGGGAUCAGGUGGCGGAGGUGCUGAGCUGGCAGUUCUCUUCCACCACCAAGAGAGGCUUGACCAUUGAACAGCUCACCACACUGGCUGAGAAAUUACUAGGACCAUGUGUCAACUACUCUGGAUGUCAGAUCACGUGGGCCAAGUUCUGUAAGGAAAACAUGGCUGGCAAAGGCUUCUCCUUCUGGGUGUGGCUUGACAACAUUAUUGAUCUGGUGAAAAAAUACAUUCUUGCACUGUGGAAUGAAGGGUAUAUCAUGGGUUUUAUCAGUAAGGAGAGGGAGAGAGCUAUUCUGAGUCCAAAACCUCCUGGUACCUUUCUGCUGCGCUUCAGUGAGAGCAGCAAAGAGGGGGGCAUCACCUUUACAUGGGUAGAGAAAGACAUCAGUGGAAAGACCCAGAUCCAGUCAGUGGAGCCUUACACCAAGCAGCAGCUUAACAGCAUGUCCUUUGCUGACAUCAUCAUGGGCUACAAGAUUAUGGAUGCCACCAACAUCCUGGUUUCACCUCUUGUUUACCUUUAUCCUGAAAUUCCCAAAGAGGAAGCGUUUGGGAAAUACUGCAGGCCUGAAGCAGCUCCUGAACCUGAGAUGGGAGGAGACUCAACAAGCACUAUUCAGCCUUACUUGAAGACAAAGUUCAUCUGUGUUACCCCGUGUCCCUCCGUCUUCAUGGACUUGCCGGACAGUGAGCUGCUUGGGAACGGAUUCCCAGGCACAAACUCUGGAAACACCAGUGACCUGUUCCCCAUGUCACCCCGGACCCUUGACUCCCUGAUGCACAAUGAAGCUGAAGCUAAUCAAGGACAUUUGGAGUCACUCACUUUGGACAUGGAUGUAGCAUCACCUAUGUAAAAUCAUCAAGUACUUCUAUCGCUUUCUUUCUUCGUUGUGAUUUUGUCUCCUCUUAUGUUAAAGAAUUUGUUGAUUUAUUUUUCUCCAUACACAUUGUCUCUGUACAGUUUCUUUUUUCUAUGUAAAAAAUUUCUCUCUUUCACACAGUAGGGAAGAUAAUUGGUUUUGGAAGAUUUUCUUCUGAAAAAGAAUUGAGACUUAUGACAGUUCUCCUCAUAAUUGACAGAUGUUUUUAAGCACAUUAAACACUUCUGCUUGAGGAGUUGUAUUUUUUUAGAUCUUUUUUUUUUUUGUAUGUGUGUGUGUGUUAUUUACGUUUUGAAUGGUUAUGAAUAUGAUGUCUUCUUUUAUUUGAAUGAGAAAAUGUAAUGAGUAAUUGUUGUUAUAAGCUAAGCUUUUUCAGAGUGUCCCUGCCAAAUGCAGCGUAGCGUCGUUCCACCUUGUACAAAACGGUUUGUUUCAUCGAGCUUCGUACACAAACUGGAACCCUUCUCGCAUUGGUUUCAAACACUUGAGCUUUGUAAAGACACAAGAAGCUUCUGGUGCUUGUGGGAUUAUUUUCAUGUGUUUUCUCCUUUAUAGUAUUGUGAGAAAUUAUGAAAUAGAGUUUCUGUCAGUCUCCCUUUUGAAAUGUUCAGUUUUGAUAUUACUGUUGUGCUCUCUCUCUCUCUCACACAGAGUUUAGCUAAAUUCAAGCCACAUGUUUCUUUGUUUUGCCAUGAAGGCACAUAUCAGUGGUGCCACAAAGACUAGCACAAGUGUCGCUCCCUCUGUAAAUUUCCACAACAUGAUUUUGGCCUUGUCUAACUGUGUGAUAUUUUGGUGUCAGCCCACAGGGUGCAAAGCAGGGGAGGGUCAUUCAGCAUUUGGUGUGGUAUUUUUGGUGGAACAGAGAACUCAAAACCAAGCCUAUUAUUGCCACAGUAUAAAUCUGCUGUCAGUUUUAUCAGCAAAAGUCACUGAAGGAGCAAACGGUGUUGUGCUUAAAAUGUAAAUAAACCAUUUUAAUUACUCA